AGACAUUGCCCCUCAUCUCUCCUGGAUGCCACCAUGAGGCCGGUGUCCAUGUUGCUGUUUCUCGCCUUCACUCUGCUGGUUUUCAAUGCUGGCAACAUGCCACCAGGAGGAGCAGAGGAAGAAAAGACGGAGCAGAAAGUGUGGGCCAGAGAGGGGAGUCCAGCUGUGCUGCCUUGCUACCUGAUCCCUAAAAAGCUGAAGAACAGCUGGAAACAGCUAUCUGACAAGACAUCUGUGCUGUGGAAGCGACAUGGGGUAAGCACCCACCAGGAGCCACACAUGGUGUUGGAGGUGGAGUACACAGGCCUCCGGAAGAUGGCCCUGCCCAUGAGGCCCCGGGUAUCAGUCCAGGACCCUGCCUUACGCAAUGGCAAUUUCUCCCUGCUAAUCGACCCAGUCAGGAGUGAGGAUGCUGGGUGGUACGAGGCACAGGUGGCUUACAGCAACAAGGAGGUCCAGAACUGCCAGGUGGAGCUGGGUGUGGUAACAGUAACCCUCAGUCCUCCUGGCUUUGUGGUAGAAAAUGAGCCACUGUUAUUGAGCUGUAACUCUAGUCACCGGGCCAGCCUUGUGGAGACACGCUGGUUCCACAAUGGGCAACUGGUCCCCACCUCUGGGACUCUCUGCUCCUUCCAUGGGGCUCUCUCCAUCCUUCGGCCAUCCAUGCGUGACUCAGGUCCCUGGCACUGCCAGCUCAGAUACUCUGAUAAUGAGAUCAUUUCUGCCACGCACAACUUGCAAAUUCUAGGUUUUGAUGGCCCAAUCAACCCUAUAGUCUAUGCUGCAGCUGGCUCUGCAGCUGACCUGCCAUGCACCCUGAGCUACCUGCCCAGUGCCUUUGGGAUCAAUGGAGUGAAAGCCCACUGGAGCCGUCUUGCAGGAGGACACUUGGAAGCCUGGGCCUUCUCCAAGAAUUGGAGUAGCAGAAGCUUUCCCCUUCAUCUUUCUGUGGUGGGUUCAGGUGAUGCAGGGCAGUACCGCUGUGCUGUCUCUGUUGGCAGCAAGAAAAUCAGCAGGGACGUGACUUUGGCAGUGGUUACAGUCACCCCAAGCAUCCAAGGACCAGUUUCUGAGGGGUCUCGCUUGCUGCUCAUUUGUGGCAUCACACACCCCCGGGGACAUGAACGCUUCCAGUGGAAGCGCCUCAACUCAUCUCCCACUAACAAGCUGGUUGCAGCCACCUCCCAUAACCCAGAGGGCCACGGAUUCCAAACAGGCCCUACCUUGGAAAUACCCCAAGUAUCACAGAAGGAUAUGGGCGCAUGGGAAUGCAGUGUACAUGGCCCAGAAGGCAGACUGGGAGCAGUGGAAUAUGGACUGCAGAUCAUGGGUGCCCAGGUCUCCAGCCCUCCCACCAUCUUCAGUGGGCAGGUUACUUUUGGGCUCACACUCACCCUCUUCCUCCUGCUUACAGUCUGUGUUCUGGCUCUGGCUCUACAGAAAAGGGCACAAUCUCCUGCCUUCCCAGCACUGGAAGGGAUAGUUGCAGUCAAUAUGCCAAGGAAGAAGGAGAUGGAGGAGCAGCAGGAAGAACAGAUCCAGCAGACUGAGUGUUGAUGGGAGCAGGGAUGCCAGGCCCAGUCUGCAUGGGAGGAUGAGACUCUGUGCCAUGCUGCAGAGAGAUGGGCACCAUGCAGACCUUUCAGGAGGGUCUAGGGGUGGCAUGAACAUAGCAGGAUGUCAUGGGAGCUUUGUACCUGCUGAGAGGCUGAAAGUUGCACACCAGGGCAAGCUGAGAGUCGCUGCUGCAGUAAGGAACCAGGCAGCACAAAAGCUUUGGAGCUAUUGGAACCAGCAGCUAUUGCCUGCUUGUUUCACUUCUCUUUCCUACCCUUUGCCUCUCCUUCCUGCCUUCUCUCACAGCCUUUCCUGGAUGGGGCUUUUAAAUGGGUGAGAUGGCUGGAAACCAGCUCUCCUGUAGCCAGCUGGUGUUUUCUUCCCUGCUGCCCACUGUCCUCUCCCUCUCCCCACACUGGCCUGCUCUUGCACUCAUUCACUGGCAGAGGGGACUCCACAGAGGACUGCGCAUGUUGCACAUUUUGAGUGUUUUAUUUUAUUAGAAAUUCAUUUUAGAACCUCCAAUAAAUCAAUCAGUCAAAAAAACCAUUGGCCCUAGUGUUUUUGUGGAGGAUCGUGCCUACUGAUAGUGUUGGGUGUAUCUCUGUACCUGUGUGAAGUCGCUUCUAAGAAAUUUGCUGCCUUCUCUUUCUACUUUACUGAAGUUGACUGAUAAUUUCUGACACUGGGUGGG